UAUUGCAUAUACAUAUGUACUGAAUAUAAAGAAAUACGUAAUUCAAAUUGUGGGAAAAAAGAUUUAAUAAAAUAACAUCAUCAUUGCAAUUUGCAACUGAAAUUUAAAAAAUUCAAAUAAUUUGAAACUCAAAUAAAAAAGAAGAAAUACAUUGAUUGGUGCUAAGAAAAAAAUAAAAACAAAAAAAUCGAAGUGAAAAAAGGAAACUAACUAGUCGAAUAACCUAUAAUUUGGUUUAAUAAAAAUACACACAUAUACAUAAAUAUUACAAAUAUUGACAAAAUUCAGAAGAGACAAUAUAAAGAAUGUCUGAACGUCGUGGUACAAAAGCUUUAGAAUUAUGGUGCCGUCGCAUGACAGAUGGAUAUGCUGGUGUUAAAAUUGACAAUAUGACUACAUCAUGGAGAGAUGGUUUGGCAUUUUGUGCAAUGAUUCAUCAUUUUAGACCAGAUUUAAUAGAUUUUGACAAAUUAAGCAAGUCAGAUGUAUACUACAACAACGCAUUAGCAUUUACAACGGCUGAAAAAUAUUUGGGCAUACCAGCACUUUUGGAUGCCGACGAUAUGGCCGCUUAUGAGGUACCCGACAGAUUAUCUAUUUUAACGUAUCUCUCACAGUUUUAUCAAGUUUUUGCGGCACAAGAUGCUCACAACAGACUGAAACGUACCUCCUCGUCAUCUGCCACGGAUAAAACCCAAAUAACAAAAUCUCCAGGACCGCCGCCCAAGAUGGCCCAUGUGGUUGGCGUUCCCAAACGCGACCCCUGCCGAAAAUGUCAAUUACCUGUGUUUUUGGCGGAGCGCUUGUUGGUAGGCAAAAAAGUCUACCAUCGCACCUGCCUCAAAUGUGCUCGUUGUGGUUAUCAAUUGACACCCGGUAGUUUUUAUGAAACUGAGACCGACGAACAGUACUGCUGUGAAACAUGCCCUGAUGAAGAAGUAAUCGAAAAUAAUACUGAACAAAUACCUACGGGUAGUGGGGUGACAGCAACAGACUGCUCUGAUGUAGAACUAAGAAAUAGAACUGAAAGCGACAUAAAUGUUGUACCAUCCUCAGCUAAAUCUGUACGCAGUUCCAUAAAGGACCGAUUGGCAUUCUUUGAGAAUCAAAAAGAGGAUGAGGACGGUACAGAUACCAAACUUUUGCAAAAAAGUUUAAGUGAUGAGGAAAAAUGUAAAAGUUUACAAAGAAUGGAAAGUCCUUCGGCGACUGUUGUAGCCACAUAUAAGCCUAAUGUGGCACUAUCAACCUUUCUAAAUAAUACUGUCGACGACGGAGAAGACCUAAGCGAACCGUCGUCGUCUAUACAAAAUUCUAAAAUGGAAACUUCUGAUUCGGAAGAUGAUACAGAUGAUUUAACAAAUGUUUCGUUACCACCAGAACUACCUAAAAGUUUGCCACCAUUAGACGAGUUCAAUGUUGAGGAGAAAACUGAAGAAAAGAAACGUUUUUCAGUUUCAGCCCAACUAGUAUUGGGCUCGUCAACCAACGAAAUUGAAACUGCUACAGAAAAUACUGAUGAACAACAAAACAUUGUAAUGGAGCCUGUAAAGGAAAAUCAAACAACCGAAUUACAAAUUAAUCUGUCGUCGGGCAUAAGAAUUGAUCAGACUAAUAAUAACAAUACAAAUGAUGAAGAACACAAUAUACCAGCUCCAUCUGUCGAAAUCGAUGUCAUGGCAGAACAAAAAACAGAAGAUGAAACUGUUCAAUCACACCCAAACAAACUAGAAAAUAAUUUAGAAUUUAGUGAAACUAAUGAUAAUGAUUGUAUUACCAAAGAAAAAUCAGCAGACGUGUUUACCACGGAAGAAAUAGCCGAUAAUGUACAGCAGAUAAUGGACACAAAAGCUACAACUACAGAUACUGAUACAGAUAUUAAGUUAACGACGCAACCAUUAGAAAUUAAACCAAUAACAGAUAAUACCGCAAUUGAAGAGGAUGUCGUUGAAUUACGCACAAAAUCCGAAGAUGAAAAUCCAGAUAUUUCUCUUCAAUUGGAGGAUAAUGAAACAACCGAAAGGCUUAGUGUGGUACGUGCCCGUCUGCAACAAUUUGAAGUAAUUACAAAUAAUGAGAAUGAAGAAGAAAUUCCUUCUCAACCACAGGAUAAUUUAAUUGAUUACGGAAUUCUAUCUAAUAAAGAAGACAAUGAGCCUGUUAAUGCUGAAUUUUGUGAAAAUCAGGCUACAACUCAAAUUAAGAAUAUUCAAAUCGAUACGGAAACAGAAUCAGAAAAUCUUAAAUCUACAUUAAUUGAUGAUAAAGUGCCUUUAACAAUGGAAACAAAAGACAAUGAAGUGUUAGAAUGUAAUAUAGUCGAUGAAGAAGAACAUUUAAAAGAAAAUAACUCUAAGGAUAAUAUAAAUGACAUCCAAACAUCACAACCGAAUAUUAGUAAAAUGGCUAUUGAAGAAUAUCCAGAAGAUUUAAAUCCAUUUAAUUCAGAUGAAGAAGACGAAGUACUAUUAGAUGAUAACAAAGAAAACGUCCUACUAAGAACAUCUAUUGGAUCUACGAAAAAAGAUAAUUUGAAUCCUUUUGAUUCAUCAGAUGACGAAGUUGAGUUAGAUAAAACACAAAAUAAUAAAACAUCAAGUAGUUCAACACCUAAAGUUCCUCCACCGAGGCCACCACCACCACGUAUAUCCAAAAACCCAUUCGGUAGUGAAGAUGAGGACGAUAACACAACUCAAAAUUUCAACAGGCGUUCCAGUCUAACAGGAUCCCAAAGCAAAAGAACUCCAGUACCAACUCCACGUUCAAAUAUAUCGCUAUCACAGAAUCCUACACCGGAACCAACACCACGAUUGAGCACAAAAAUUAAUACGACCAUCAGCUCAUCUGCCUCGGCAACACCCAAUAACUCAUCCCUACCAAUUUUACAAAAUUCCAGUGACUUCUACGGCAGUGUCAAUUCAUUGCAUAGCAAUAAUGCAACAACUCCAUAUAAUCUUUUACGAAAUUCUGACGUUAGAUCAUCAAAUAAUUCUCUCAACUUAUCGGCCGGUGGUACAAUUAGAUCCCGGAAAUCACGUAGAGCUCCCUUGCCCCCGGCUCCCGUCAAGGAAUUGUUCCCAUCAAAUGAGACUAUUAACAGCAGUUCAAAAACAUCCACUCCCAGCUCGAGUACGGUUGGUACUCCGAAAUCAGCUCGUAAAAAGAGAGUUGCACCGGCUCCACCCAAACCCGCAAGACUUGAGCCAUCACAAGUUCCCCAAAUACACGUUGAUAUCAUAAAUACACAGUCAAAAAACUUGAAUAGUUACCCUCUGCAGAGUGAAUUGGACUCGAAAUUAUCCGACGAAGAGAAAGCUUUGUUGGAGGGUAAGACUUUGCAUUCGCUGCAAUGUAAUGAUUCAGAUUUAACACUAUCAACGCAAAGUAGGAGAAGCUCCAAGCGAAUGAUACCACUGGACAAAGAACUGUUAGAAGAACAUGGUUCGCUGCAGUACGUAGAGGGGAGCAUUAGUCAGUGUGAUGAUUUGAAACAACAAAAUCAACUAAAAUCCUCUGCUGUGCAGGAGGAAGAACCGAGUGUGGUGUAUCGUCGUCUUUUAAUACCACAGAAUUUGGAAACUCCAACGCAUGAGCACAACCCGCUCAUAGAGCACCUAAGUGAAUCUCCCUCUCUUGGAGAAAGGCAGUUGGAGAAGCUAAAAGACAAUAAGGAAGCCAACAAUCGAAAUCGACAGUCUCAAAUAUCAGUUACCUCAUCAGGUGCCGAUGACAACGAUCCACUAUUCAACAAAUCGGCGCAUGGGAAGUGGAAGCGUCGCAAGGGACCUGCACCGGCCUUACCAAUACCUCCGCGUAAGGUUCUACAAAUGUUACCACUCCAAGAAAUUAAGCAUGAAUUGGAAAUAAUAGAGGUUCAACAACAGGGUUUAGAAAAACAGGGUGUUAUCUUGGAGAAAAUGAUACGAGAUCGAUGCGAGGGAGAGAAUGGUGAACCAUUAAAUACCAACGGAUUACCUGGUGAAUGCGGAGAUUCUGCGUCUGGCUCAUCGACUGUGGAAAAUUCCAAAGAAGUUGAAAAUUUAAUAUUACAACUCUUCGAAUUGGUAAAUGAGAAAAACGAAUUGUUUCGUCGUCAAGCGGAGCUCAUGUACUUACGACGACAACAUCGGCUAGAGCAAGAACAAGCUGAUUUGGAAUAUGAAAUUCGCAUUUUAAUGGCUCAGCCUGAACGUAAUAAAACCGAUUCAGAUAAAGCUAGAGAAGAAGCACUAAUAGAACGCUUGGUAGAAGUUGUGCAAUUACGUAAUGAAGUGGUGGAAUGCCUGGAAAUGGAUCGCCUUCGUGAAGCGGAGGAAGAUCAAAGCAUCAAACAACGUUUGGAGUCCCAUAUAGCAAAAAGAGAGGAUGACUCAAAUUCUAGAAAAACCUUAACAAAACUAUCUAAGAAAGAGAAAAAGAAACAGAAGGAAGCAAAAAAGCUCAGUAAAAGCAAAAAAUUAGAUGCUGACAAGGAUGCUGAUGAAACUGAAUUAAAUGAAGACAAACAAAAAUCUAAAAAGAAAAAGAAAUUAUUAAUCUUCUAAUAUUCUCGAAAAUGAAGUCCUUUUGAGUUUUGCUAAUAAAUAAAUGUUCUCGUGUGUGAUAAAACCGGCCAACUUAAAUAUUUAACAAAUAAUAUCUAUCGUUUUAGUUUUGAUUCCAUCAUAAAAAAUAAUUUGUUCAUUUAAUUUACAUUUUAGUUGAGGAUUGCUCUAUUUAAGAUUAAUUUCCAUUUCGUUAGUAGAAACUCAAAAUUUCUCGAUAUAAAAGUAAAAUCGAAGCAAAGAAAAGGAAACAUCAAUAAAUAGCAUUUACUUUUUCUUAAGUAUUUUCUAUAAUCUUUUUAGCUUUAAUAAUUUAAUAAUUAACUUUUUGUUAACAAUCUCAUGUUUAUUUCUAUUAGUUCUUAUCACUUUAACAAUUGUUUAAUGUUAAAGUAUAUUUUUCAUUUUAUAAUCCUUAUUUUGUGUAUUUAAUAUCUAUUUAUUCAUCAAUUUGCAUUAAGAAAUAUGCAUUCAAAUAAAUAUUUUUAUAUUAUUACAAUAAUAUAAAAAUAAAUAAAAUUUGUUAAAAAUAA